AUGGGUACUCCUGGAUAUACACCAAUUCCAUUUCCUAAUAUAAGACAUCCACCACAAUCAAAUUCGGUCUUUGCUUUUAAUGAAAUGCAGGUAUUAGACAACACCAUUGCAAGAUUGUUUGGAAAUUUUCAUGAUUUGGUAUUGAGAAGGCAACAUCCUGUUGUUGGACGUGUUUAUGUUCUUCUCUGUUUUAAUGAAUUGAUUAACAAUACAAUUAAGCAAGAAGAGAUCCUAUUACAUAUAAAUUUCAUUUCUAUAUCAGGUAAUCCUGAUCAAUCUGCAGACUUUCUUGAUAAAACUAAAACUACAAAAAAAGAAAAAGA